AUGGCACCCCAAGUUCCAUCCAAUCCAGAUGAGGUAAUGGUUAUCCGAAAUGUCACACCUAAGAUUGUGACAUUGAGCCUGCCUUUCUCGCCUUUCGGUGGUGUUAAGUUUGGAGGCCGUGGGACCCUGGUUCGCCUGACUACCGGGUCCAUCGCAGUCUUCUCUCCAGUCCCGCUAACGACUCGAGUGCAUGAGGCAAUUGCCAACUUGGGUGGCGAAAUCAAGUAUAUCGCAGCGUUGAACAUUGAACACCACCUGAACCUCACGCAGUGGAAGGCCGCAUUCCCAGGUGCCGAAAUCAUCGCCCCUGAGGGCCUCUGGGAGAAACGGCAAGCCGUCCCAGGUUUCAAAGAUACUCCCUUUAGCCAUAUAUUCCGCGCCGAUGCACCCCCGAAGAUAUCGGAGGAGUUCGAAAACGAAUUCACCGUGGAAUACGUCCACAGCCAUCAAUCGAAAGAACUAGUUUUCUUGCACAAGCCUUCGAAGACGGUCAUUGAAGCUGAUCUAGUUCUGAACUUGCCAGCGAUAGAGCAAUAUUCGCGAACAGGCGAAAGUGCAACAUCUGGCCUCUUGAACAAAAUAUUGAAGCCUCUGGUGUCCACGGAAAUGUCAGCAUUCUGGCAGAAAAAAUUUGUGUGGCAUGUUUCCUCCAUGGCAGACCGUAAAGGCUUCAGCGCCUCGGUCCAGCGCAUUAUGGCUUGGAAGUUUGACCGGAUAAUCCCCUGCCAUGGCGAUGUUAUCGAGCAUGAUGCCUGCACAGUGUUCAUGAAUGUGAUGGCGCCAUUAUUAAAUACUGCUUAA